AUGUUACAGACUUUAACGGAGCACUCUGUAUCACACAGAGGGCGCUAUAUCCCGACAUUACACGGAGCACGCUAUAUCCCGACAUUACACGGAGCACGCUGUAUCCCGACAUUACAAGGAGCAUGCUGUAUCCCAUUACACGGAGCAUGCUGUAUUGCAACAUUACACGGAGCGGUACAGCACCAUAUCCCGACAUUAUCCGGAGCAGUACAGCGCCGUAUCAUAACAUUACCCGGAGUGGUACAGCGCCGUAUCCCGACAUUACACGGAGCGGUACAGCGCCAUAUCACGCCAAUACACAGAAGGGUACAGUGCCGUUUCCCGACAUUACAUGGAGCGGUACUGUAA